AUGUCCGACCAUGAGACCAACACGUCCAACCUCUUCAUCGGCAUUGGCAUCUGCUUGAUCGGGUCGACGAUCUCGAACCUCGGGCUCAACAUCCAAAAGUACUCGUUCAUCAUGCAGGCGCACCUGCCCGACCACGAGCGCAAGCCGUACAACACGCAGUGGCGGUGGUGGCUCGGUUUCUUCGGCGUCGGCGUCGGGUCCAUCGCGGACUUUGCCGCGCUCACGUUUGCCGCGCAGAGUAUCAUCAUGCCGGUCGGCGCCUUCACGCUUGUCUGCAACAUUAUGUUCGCGCAUUUCUGGCUCAAGGAAAAGCUCACGCGCAACGAUCUCUGGGGCACCGUGUGGAUCGUGAUCGGUGCCGUCAUGGUCACGGUCUUUGGCUCGCACGAAAGCACCAACUACACGCUGCACGAGCUCCUGCGCUUGUACUACCGCUGGGACAUGCUCAUCUACCUCGUCUUCAUCGUUGGCGUCGUCUUCUUCCUCUACUCGAUGCUCAUGAACGCCGAGCGCAUUCUGAAAAAGAAGGGCGCGCUCUCGACCGAGUACAAGACGGUGCUCAAGACGCACCCGCUUGCGUACGCCGGCCUCGCUGGUACAGCUUCUUCUUGCCUCUCGUACCUAUGA